GAUUAGUGCAUCCAACAAUCAACACACCAUGGCACCUUAAAUCUCUCAUACCCAUCAACCACCCAUUAUUUUCACACCAUCUUCCCAAACAAGUCCUCUCCAUCAAUGGCAUCAUCAAACCGGCUGCACUUUGUGUUAAUUCCAUUACUAGCUCAAGGUCACAUGAUCCCCAUGAUAGACAUGGCCAAGCUAUUUGGAGAGCAAAAUGUAAUGAUCACCCUUGUCACCACCCCUCACAAUGCUUCAAGAUUUUCAUCAACAAUUGACAGAGCCAAAGCCUCACAAAACCUUCCAAUUCAUCUCCUAGAAAUCCCAUUCCCAUGUCAAGAGGUGGGUCUCCCACUGGACUGCGAAAACCUUGACAGUGUUCCCUCACCGGACCUGAUCAGAAAAUUUUACACCGCCCUCGACAGUCUUCAACUGCAAUUGGAACAGAAAUUGCAAGAACAGGACACUCCUCCCAGCUGCAUAAUUUCAGACAAGUGCCUCUUCUGGACAUCUAAGACGGCAAAAAAGUUCCAGGUUCCGAGGAUUGUCUUCCAUGGGAUGUGCUGCUUCUCCCUCCUGAGCUCUCACAAUAUAAUGCUACACAAUGCUCACCGUUCUGUGGCUUCCGACUCGGAACCUUUCGUUGUGCCAGGAAUGCCGAAAAGAGUUGAAAUAACCAGAACCCAGCUUCCGGGAUCGUUUGUUGCGCUACCGGACUUGAACGAUAUCCGGGACCAGAUGAGAGAAGCUGAAUCAACUGCUUAUGGGGUUGUGGUGAAUUCUUUCACGGAAUUAGAACAUGGUUGUGUUGAAGAGUACGGAAAGGCCUUAGACAAGAAGGUUUGGUCCAUCGGACCGGUUUCGCUCUGUAACAAGGAGGUUUUGGACAAGUUUGAGAGAGGCAACAAAGCCUCCAUUGAUGAGAAAGAGUGCAUACAAUGGCUCAACUCCAUGAAACCAAACUCAGUCCUCUACGCCUGCCUCGGCAGCCAAUGCCGCCUAGUUCCACCACAGUUAAUCGAGCUCGGCCUCGGAUUAGAAUCCUCAAAACACCCCUUCAUUUGGGUGAUCAAAACAGGAGGAGAGAGAUUCCAAGAGCUAGAAAAAUGGUUGAUUGAUGAGAAUUUUGAGGAGAGAGUUAAAGGGAGGGGACUUGUGAUCAAGGGUUGGGCACCUCAGCUUCUUAUCCUGUCCCACCCUUCAAUCAAAGGGUUCUUAACUCACUGUGGUUGGAACUCAACCAUAGAAGCGGUUUGCUUUGGUUUGCCAAUGGCGACUUGGCCUAUGUUUGCUGAGCAGUUCUUGAAUGAGAAGUUGGUUGUGGAAAUCUUGAGGAUUGGGGUUCGAGUUGGCGUCGAAGUCCCAGUGAGGUGGGGAGAUGAAGAGAGAGUUGGUGUGGUGGUGAAGAGAGAAGAGGUUGAGAAGGCUAUAGAGAGAGUAAUGGAAGGGGGUGAAGAAGGAGAUGAGAGAAGAAAGAGGGCAAUAGAGCUGGGAGAGAAAGCAAAGAGUGCCAUGGAAAAUGGAGGUUCUGCUCACUUGAACAUAUCACUCUUAAUUGAGGAUAUAAAGAAAAAGGUUUGGACUUAGCAAACAGAAAACAACAGUAAUCUCAACUACAUGUUUGCAUUAUGGGUAAGAUUUUUUACUGUAAAGUGUUGGAUGAUGGUUGGAAAAAGAAUGGAGAGAAUCUUCAUUCUUUUUGGAACUGAAUCCAAUUUUUAUUUAGAAUGGACGGGUCCUAUCUAUAUAAACUGGCUCCAGUUUCUUUA